UUGACAUGCCGAGUCGCCAUCAAACGGAGGCACAGAGAUAAUCAGGCAAAGAUCGUUCUAUGCUACGUUGAUAUCACAUCUGCCUAUCAUCAAGGAAGCGUGCGAAAAAGACGAGGGCAGCUACUGUAUAAAAGACGCUGGACUUUUGCAUUUCGAAUUGCUGCUGCAGAGUUGCUCUCCAUCCCCAGCUAUUCUAAUUUGAACCUAAUUGCUCUCAAAAACUUAUACUUCUCGACAAUUAUAAAAAAAAACCCUUCUCACUCAACAACAACCAAGAUGCAGUUCAACAUCUACGCCCUGCUCUUCGCCGGCCUCACCGCGACCACCUUUGCCCUACCCCAGACCGAGAUUGGCAACAGCGGUUGCUACAUCCGCCCAGCUACGCAGGAUUCGUGCCUUCCUGAGUUCCCCAGGCAAUGCUCGGGCUCUAGCGGUACCAAUGUCUUCCCAUUCUGCUGCAAGGCCUCUGUCGAGUGGUGCUAA